AUUUCUAUGGUUAAAUUAUGUGGUCUUUUACAAUUCACUACGUAUUUUCUGUGGUAUUCUGCGUUAGAAAUUCUCUUAUGGGAAAUUGCUGAAGAGAAGGAGCUUGAUACUAACCAAAAAAUGGACUUGCAAGCUAUUGAAGAUCGUGAUAAAGGGAAAUUUUGUUAUCUAUUUUCUCCAGAUGUAUCUAUAAUUUGGCAGGAAAUUGUAUAUGCAG